UAAACAAAACUUGUAGAAUGAGUUUUUAGGAUUUGUAAGAUGAUUUACCUGUGAAAUGUGUGUUGAAAACCUUAAAACUAUUUGAAAAUGCGACGCGAAAAGACAGCGGAUAACGUGAGACCGUUUAAAUUAGCUCAUCAAAUUUUAAGCUUGACCGGUAUCAGCUUCGAGCGCAAAAGUAUAAUCGGAUUUGUAGAGCUAACUAUUGUUCCUGUGAAAGAAGUGUUAAAAAUAAUUCGUCUUAAUUGCCGCCAAUGUAGAAUAUAUCGCGUUAUUUUAAACGAUAGCUAUGAAGCGACUUUCCAUUACUUCGACCCUUUCCUGGAUAUUUGUCAAGGUGAAACCAAAACAAAAUCUUUGGACAUAUUUUCGAAAUGCCACUUGGAAGCCGCAAAGAAGACAGACCCGGACAACAACGCCGGUGAGCUGGUGAUUGUAAUUCCUGACCAAGCGACACAUCUGAUUGGGGAAGGCAGAGGACUUCGAGUUGGUAUUGAGUUUUCUCUAGAAGAUCCUUCCGGUGGCGUUCAUUUUGUGAUCCCAGAGGGAGAAGGCACACUAGAAGAACGAGCAGCUCACAUGUUUACCUACGGUCACGAAAACUCGUCUAGGCUUUGGUUUCCUUGUGUCGAUAGUUACGCCGAACCAUGUACUUGGAAAUUAGAAUUCACGGUAGACAAAAACAUGACGGCCGUAUCCUGUGGGGAGCUGGUGGAAGUCGUAAUGACACCCGAUCUGAGAAGAAAAACCUAUCACUACACGGUAUCGGUUCCGGUGUCGGCGCCGAAUAUAGCACUGGCAGUGGGACCAUUUGAGAUCUAUGUGGAUCCGCACAUGCAUGAAGUGACACAUUUUUGUCUGCCACAACUGAUGCCGCUUCUUAAAAACACCGUGCGGUACAUGCACGAAGCGUUCGAGUUCUACGAAGAAGCACUGACUCAACGGUAUCCGUUCAGUUGUUACAAGCAAGUGUUCGUGGAUGAAAUAGAUAACGAUGGUAAUGCGUAUGCUACGAUGACCAUUCUAUCGACCCAUCUGUUACACUCAAUCGCUGUAAUCGAUCAGACUUUCAUUUCUCGAAAGGUAAUGUCCAAAGCAAUUGCGGAACAGUUUUUCGGUUGUUUCAUCACAAUGCAGAAUUGGUCUGAUGCUUGGCUUGCAAGAGGCAUCGCCGAAUAUAUGUGCGGUUUGUACUCUAAAAAGUGCUUUGGAAACAAUGCUUAUCGAAGCUGGAUUCGCGAUGAAUUGGCAGAGGUUGUGAAGUAUGAAGAAAAAUUCGGUGGCAUUAUAUUGGACUGUAGUCAAGCACCAGCUCCGCCGGCAGUUUCCAGUAUCAAUCAGUCUCCGGCUGCUCCGGCGAAAGCUUACAACGAUAAUCCGUUUUAUUUUCCAAUCAAAAAUUUACACACUAUUUCACCGAAGUAUGUCGAAAUAAUGAGAAAAAAAGCCCACUUGGUGAUCAGAAUGUUAGAGCAUAGGAUCGGCCAGGAAUUAUUACUGCAGGUAUUCAACAAACAGCUGGCUCUGGCUUCGAAUGCUGCGUCGACAAAGAUCAGUAGCGGUCUUUGGCACCACCUGCAUAUUUCGACUAAUAUUUUUACUAAAGCCAUUUUUACUGUGACCGGAAAAGAUAUGGCUGUAUUCAUCGAUCAGUGGGUUAGAACUGGUGGUCAUGCUAAAUUUACCAUGACAUCGGUGUUCAAUAGAAAGCGUAACACAAUUGAACUUGAGAUAAGACAGGAUGCUGUUAAUCAGAAAGGCGUGCGAAAGUACGUCGGCCCAUUACUAAUUCAGCUGCAGGAAUUGGACGGAACAUUUAAGCAUACGCUGCAAAUUGAGAACAUUGUUGUCAAAGCGGAUAUCACAUGUCAUUCGAAAAGCAGAAGAAACAAGAAGAAAAAAAUUCCACUUUGCACUGGAGAAGAAGUCGAUAUGGACCUCUCGCCUAUGGAUGAGUCUCCUGUAUUGUGGAUAAGACUGGAUCCAGAGAUGACCCUACUCCGUUCGGUGCACAUAGAGCAACCGGACUUUCAAUGGCAGUUUCAGUUGCGACACGAACGCGAUGUUACUGCUCAACUAGAGGCAAUUGAUGCGCUGGAAAAAUAUGCGUCGCCUGCCACACGGCUAGCUCUUACUGACACUAUCGAAAACGAACAGGUAUUUUACGAGGUGCGCUGUAAAGCUGCUCUUUGCUUGACUAAGGUGGCGAAUGCUAUGGUGACUUCCUGGCAAGGUCCACCGGCUAUGCUGACCAUAUUUAAGAAGUUUUUCGGUUCGUUCAGUGCGCCUCAUAUCAUACGACAAAACAAUUUCACGAACUUCCAGCACUAUUUCCUCCAGAAGACAAUACCGGUAGCGAUGGCCGGCUUACGGACGGCCCAUGGUAUUGUUCCACCGGAGGUUAUUCGGUUUCUGUUGGACCUGUUCAAGUAUAAUGAUAACACGAAAAAUCAUUAUUCUGAUAAUUAUUAUCGGGCUGCCCUAGUGGAAGCAUUAGGCAAUUCUAUUACACCAGUAAUAUCGGUGGUUCACCAGGGUAUGGCACUGACCUCGGAAAAUCUUUCGGCGGAUGCCAAAUUAGUCUUGGAGGAAGUGACCCGGAUAUUAAAUUUGGAGAAACAUCUACCAUCGUAUAAGUACACCGUUUCGAUUGCCUGCUUGAAAGUCAUUCGGAAACUGCAAAAGUGCGGGCACUUGCCGACUAAUCCGAAAAUCUAUCGCAGUUAUGCAGCCUACGGCCAGUACAUUGAUGUGCGAGUAGCCGCCAUGGAAUGCCUGGUCGAUUUUGUGAAAAUAGACGGAAGAUGGGAGGAUUUGGAACACUUAAUUGACCUUCUAGAGACAGAUCCGGAUCCGAUGGCCAGGCACAAACUAGGUCGACUGAUGAUUGAAAAUUUGCCUUUCGACAAAAGCAAUAGGCAUCGAUUGGAUCGAGAGGAAUUGGCACUUCGAAUCUGGAACAAUAUGAACGGUCUUCUUUCACACGACACGCGUCUUCGCUGUGACAUGGUUGAUUUGUACUACACCCUGUAUAACGUGCGUGUUCCGAACUGUUUGCCGAAUCCUGAGCUUGCUUCUAUUUUGAAGCCACAAAAGUUGGCAUCUUCGUUUGCUGCUGUAGCCGAUCGCGAUCGUGACCGCGAAUCGGAGUACGUUCCACCACCAGAUGUAGAAUUGGGAACGUCAUUAUCCCUGAAGCGUGCACGCUCCCCCAGUCCGUUAGACAUCAAGCCACUCGAUCUGGUGGACAUUGGUCCGACAGAAUUGAUUAUACCGAAGAGUCGUGAAGGAUCGCCAAUAGCAGCAGAAAUUCGCGACGAUAUCAUUCUAGAGACCGUGGAAACAAGCAUCAAAACGGAAAUUGUGGAAACGGAAAAGCCAGAGUUUAAGGAAGAAGUUAUUGAUCUAGAUGACAACAAUUCUGUGCCACAUACUACCAGUACUGAACAGCCGGCUUUGAAAAAAUCUAAAACGGAGUUUUACUCGGAUAACUCGAUUUCUUUGCCUGGCAUCCCCUCCAGCAAUGCUACGGUAUCCGGACCGACAGGCUUUGAACCUGGCAUGUUCGGUAAAACCUCGGAUACAAUGCCUGUGGCUCCAUCAGAACCAAGCAUUAGCAGCAAGUCCGACGGCAGUAAGAAAAAGAAAAAGAAGGAAAAGAAGAAACAUAAGCACAAACACAAGCAUAAGCACAACAAAGAUAAGGAUAAGGAGCGAGAUCGCGAUAAGGAUCGCGACAGGGAACGAGAAAAGAGUAAGGAAAAAGGAAAGGAUCCCAACGUAGUGCGGGCCGUCAAAGAGGACACCCAGGAAGCAUUGAGCUCCGCAGAUAGUUCGAGUGGAGAUAGUAAUCCAACCACCCUGGAUUUAACGUUGUAAGAUUUGUCGGAUGAAAUUAACCAUAAAGAGCGAUCAGAUGAAAAAUAUAUUGCACUCAU